AUGGGGCGGCUGCUGCUCGUCUUGCUGCUCCUUGUCGACGUCGGGACCGCCGAUGACAGCGUGACGUGCGCGUUGAACACGCCGCGUUUCUACGACCCGUCCACCGGCUGCUACCCGGGCCCCGUCCAAAAUUCGUACGAUCCGGAUACGGUCCUAUUUUGGGAGGUGGUCGAGGGCUAUCGCGUGUAUUACGUGUGCCCGGAGCCCGGUCACAAAGUCUGCCGGAGCAAGGGCAAGGACAAGAAGUCGCCGGACCAAUUUUCGUGCUACGAAACGGCAGACCUGUGCGAAGCGGGAUAUUUCUGCUCCGAGGGCUCCGGAGAUUUCUGGCCAGCAGCACUAUCGGGUCCGUUGGGCGAGCGGGUGGGCUGCUGGGACAAAGUGAAUAAACCGACGCCCUACUCGUCGGGAGUCUGCGUGGCCGAAUCCUCUCCGCCCCGCAUUGUCUAUACGGACGUGGCAUGUGACGUGGCCCACCGCCCCUGGCACCCAGUUGAAGGAUGCGUGGAGGUGGAGCGCGACCUGCCAUUCGCGACAACGGAGAUAGGUGUUACGAUUGGGGAGCCCGACUGGGGCAUCGCCUUCUACGAGACAGUCCUCAACAACGAUGGCGAGACCUGGACGCACGUCGUUUAUGAUGACCCGACGACCUCCAAGGCGGAGAUCCCGGCCGAGUGGCCGCACAAGUUGGCGGUGUUGCACAGCCCGGCCAGUCGCGGAAUACGCACGCUGCUGCGACGCUACGUCAAGCUGAACGAUCCCAGCAACGCCGGAAGCCGAGGAGCGAUCUCGUCGACGAAUGCCACGAUGGCUACCACGAUGAAUACAACGAAGGCCACAACAACCACCACUACGAGGAGCACGACAACUGAGAGACCGUGGAGUGACGAAGAGCUGAUGCACAUCAACUCCUUCAUCCUGUGUAUGGUCGCGUUGCUCUUCCUCACCACCUACUUCAAGUGCAAAAAAUACGAGGCACCGCCGCGGGUGACCUGGCUGGAGGUGACGACCCCAGAAGAUGCACACCCUCAAAAUCCGCCGAAACAGCCCGACGGCAUGGCCAAGUCGGCCAGGAGCAGCGCCACAGUC